AUGGAAAGCAAAGAAUGCAACGUUGAGGAUGCCCUGACAAGAGAUGAUGUGUGUGCCACUCAGCUAGCUCAGGAAGAAUUUGUCUUUCAUGAAGAAACCAUUGAUCUUGGAGGAGAUGAGUUUGAGUCUGAAGAAAAUGAGACCAUUUCAGAAGAUUCCAAUAUCUUCAUGGAUAAACUUAAUGAGAACUUGAUGGAGAGUGUCAUCAUAUCAGAUUCUCCAAAUAAUAGUGAAGACGAUACUGGCGAUCUUGGAUGUCUGCAAGAAAUGGUGCAGCAACUGGAAGUCAAAGACCUUCAUGCAGCAGAAGGAGAGACAAGGAAAGAAGCUACUGAUACAGAGAGUGAAAUUGAACAUGAAGUUGCUCCUCAAGCUAUUUCUGAUGCUGGAAUCGAUGAUCAGCCCACAUUAAAUGAAGAGUUGAUUGAGGCAGAAGCAAUAGAUGAACUGAAAGUGGGAACGGAUACAGAGUUAAGUAGUAUUUCCAACAGUAUUGAUGAUAGCAAAGCUGAAGAAAAUAUAUCCUUGCCCCUUACCACAAAAACACCUGUGGACGCCGAGCCUAUUCCCGUGUGCACCAUUUUCAGCCAAGCAAAUCGCGUGAAUAGUCAGCAACAGUUCUUUCAUGAUGGCUUUGAGCCCCAAAUGGUGAAGUCGCCCAGUUUGGGUGGUAUAAGCGAGACUCCAGUGAAGAUACAUCCACAAGUGGUUCAGCCAAGUCCUAGCUUAAGCAAGUUUUUUGGUGAUGCCAUUAAUCCCAAUACACUAGCUUCUGAUUUUUUUGACUCAUUUACUACAUCAUCUUUUAUUUCUGUCAGUAACCCUAAUGCAAGCACCUCCUUACCAGAACAAAUGUCUUCUCUUGUGUCAACUGGAGAGUCCUGUGACUUUGCUGAUCCUAAGUACCCUGCAAAAAAUGGGAGAUCUACAUCUUCUCCAGAAAUGUCUCAGUCUCCAAAGCCAUUCUCCCAAAUCCAAGCGGUUUUUCAAGGUAGCGAUGACCCUUUUGCAACCGUGCUGAACAUGAGUGAGAUAGACCGAAGGAAUGAUGCUUGGCUUCCUAGUGAGGGAACUAGGAGCGUGCUGAUUUCUGUAGCUACCCAGCAGUAUAGUAAUGUUUUCAUAGACAAAGAGAAUCUCACAAUGCCUGGCUUAAAAUUUGACAACAUUCAGGGAGAUGCUGUAAAAGACUUAAUGCUCCGCUUCCUUGGUGAACCCGCUGCAGCAAAGAGACAAGUUCCAAACGCCAACUCGGUAGAACAGUCUUUUGUAGGAUUGAAGCAGCUGAUAAGCAGCAAAAACUGGAGAGCCGCAGUUGACUUAUGUGGACGACUUUUAACCGCCCAUGGCCAAGGCUACAGCAAAAGCGGUCUCCCCACAAGCCAUACAACAGACUCGCUGCAGCUCUGGUUUGUAAGAUUAGCACUCCUGGUGAAGCUGGGACUCUUCCAAAAUGCUGAAAUGGAAUUUGAACCAUUUGGAAACCUAGACCAGCCUGAUCUCUAUUAUGAAUAUUAUCCCCAUGUUUACCCAGGACGCAAAGGUUCCAUGGUUCCUUUCUCCAUGAGGAUUUUGCAUGCUGAACUUCAACAGUAUCUAGGAAAUCCUCAGGAGUCGCUCGAUAGGCUGCACAAUAUGGAAACAAUUUGCACAAAGAUAUUGGACAACUUGGAGCGUGGCUUAGCAGAAGAUGGAAGCAUGACUAACGUUACGCAGGAGAACAGACAGGCCUCCGUUCAGCUGUGGAGGUCACGUCUGGGCCGGGUGAUGUACUCCAUGGCAAACUGCCUCCUAAUGAUGAAGGACUAUGUGCUUGCUGUGGAGACCUAUCACACAGUCAUCAAAUAUUACCCCGAGCAAGAGCCUCAGCUGUUGAGUGGAAUUGGAAGGAUUUUCCUGCAGAUUGGAGACAUAAAAACUGCUGAAAAAUACUUUCAGGAUGUCGAGAAAGUGACUCCAAAAUUGGAUGGACUGAAGAGCCAAAUUAUGGUUUUAAUGAACAGAGCAUUUCUCCAUCUUGGUCUGAAUAACUUUGCAGAAGCUCACAAAUUCUUCACAGAGAUUUUGAAGAUUGACCCAUCAAAUGCAGUGGCUAACAACAACGCGGCUGUUUGUUUGCUUUAUCUGGGAAAACUGAAGGAUUCCCUCCGGCAAUUGGAAGGAAUGGUUCAGCAGGACCCUAAACAUUACCUCCACGAGAGCGUUCUUUUCAAUUUGACAACCAUGUAUGAACUGGAGUCCUCCCGCAGCAUGCAGAAGAAACAGGCUCUGCUCGAGGCGGUGGCUGUCAAAGAGGGCGACAGCUUCAACACUCAAUGUCUCAAGUUAGGAUGAGCCUCUCUCUCUCUCU